GUUCUUUUUAUUAUCUUAAUGAAUGGGUAAAGAAUUUUGGGGUAAGGAUGGAGAAGAAGUAUGCUGUAUGUGGCUGUGAAACGAGCGUUGUAGUAAAUAUAUAUAUAUAUAUAUAUAUAUAUAUAUAUGCAAAUGAUUAUGGAUGUGAGGAGCUUGAUGAAGUGAUGAAAAAGGGACAUUUCUUUUUCUUUGGUGGAGGAUACAGUGCAGAUUAUAUGCUUGAAAUUGGAAUGCUUUCGUCACUUGACAAGCUUGCCGUCCUUGUUGGUACGCACAACACGCCUUUUUAAAUCAUGUCGAGCGAUAAAGCGGUCCAUCCAGCCGUUUGAACCCUUAAAUUCAAGACCCCUCCGUUCAGCUACGCUGUUUGCCUUUUGCAGAAUCAUGGUCCAUGUAACCGGUAAACGUUUGCUUUCAUUAACAUCCAUCCAUUCCAACACAGCUUCCUCCACUUCCUA